AUGUCGGUAAUUCAGACAGUAUAAUUUGAUUAAUCGAAAACUUUCACGACCGAGUUUGUUGGUUCAGCUAUUCUCUCUGGCAUUUUCUCAAUUUUUUCGGCUCUUAUGACGAGUUUAAUGAACGAUGAUUUAUACGCUCUUUGAAUAAUAUUUGGCCCUCCAUUAACUCUAUUUUUUAUUAUUCAUCUCUUUUGAAAUCGGGCGAAUUGUUUGUUCAAAGGAAUUUGAUAAGAGUUCUGAUAACCUUUGAAUCACGAAUUAUUUUUUGCAGAGUCUUAACCCUCAGGCCCUGAACAUGGCCUCCAAUUGGGCAAUUCUGUUGUCCAUUGCGACGCUUGCAGCUGUAGCAAUUGCUAACCCUCGUGUGGAUCGGCAAGCCAAAGUUUCGACCAUUUCGACUUGUAAGAUUUUUGCUGAACUUUUUAAUGUUUGGAGAGGCGUUGUGGUAUUUAUGAUAAAUCUUCAGAUAGGAAUUGCCGAGAGAGCGAAUUCAAAUGCGAAUCUGGUAGAUGCAUUCCAAAGAGUUGGAGAUGUGACGGCGACACGGAUUGCGAGGAUGGCGACGACGAAGUCGGUUGUUGUAAGUGCAAUCUCAUUUCGUUGUUAGAUAUUUAGAAACCCGUCUUAUCAAGUUUUUUAGCAAUGGGAAACAAAGGCGAUGACUGUGGUGCAGACGAAUACAAAUGCCAAGAAGAAGAUGCCAGUUUGAAGACCAACCGGACCUUCAUGGGUUGGCGAAUUACCCGACCUGGUUCCCUUUUCUCCAAUAAAUGUAUUCCCAAAAAAUGGCAAUGCGAUGGAGAAUACGAUUGCCCCAACAAGGAUGAUGAAAUUGGUUGUCAGAGUAAGGGUUUCCCUAGCCUUUUUAUUGGCUCGCUUUAGGUGUUGAAUGUCAGACCGAUCAAUUCAAAUGUCCGGGCUAUCAAGGUCAUCUGGAAUCUUGUAUUCCAAGGAGUUGGAUCUGUGAUGGUCAGGUGAGUAGAAGGUUUCGAAAUAUGUUAGAGAAGAGGGGAAUGAUUUUGAUUGUUUGGCUGUUAUUUUAGAGCGAUUGUAUUGAUAUGUCCGAUGAAAAGAAUUGCACGUUGACCGAAAAGAAAUGCGAAGAAUCUGAAUUCCGUUGCCUCGAUAACAAAAAAUGCAUCUUCAACAGCUGGAAAUGCGAUGGCGAUCAAGAUUGUGACGACGGAAGUGACGAACUCAAUUGUGAUCCCAAGGCCACUUGUAAUCCGAAGGAUCAUUUUAUGGUAAGCUUAACACCUAACUUUUGUUAUUCUCGUUUAGUGUAAAACCGUUUCCUUUUGUGUUCCCCAUGAAUGGAAAUGCGAUGGAGAAGCCGAUUGUGCUGAUCAGAGCGAUGAAUUGGAUUGCCCAACCAUCAAGACUAGCAGAAACGUGACGUGUCACCCUGAUGUGAGUAAUGUUACAAUUUUAUUCGACAUUUGGUUUUUUAUAUCAAUGGUUUUGAUUUUAGGAGUUUCGUUGUGCGAAUGGAGUCCAGUGCAUUAGUCAAAGAUGGAGAUGUGAUGGAGACUUCGAUUGCACCGAUCAUUCUGAUGAAUUGGGAUGUGUCCACAAGUGCACAGAGAAUCAGAAACAAUGCAAGAACGGUGUUUGUCUCGACAAGAACCGCUUCUGUGAUGGUUAUGAUGACUGUACUGAUGGAUCGGAUGAGUUUGGGUGCCCCACUAUUCCCCCUCCAACAAACAUUGCUUAUGCUUGUGACCAGGCCACUGAGUAUACUUGUAAUACGACCACUCCUAUCAGAUGUAUCAAAUACACCGAUCUAUGCAGAAACGAAGCUGCUAUGAAUGAUUGCCCAAGAUCUGUCUGCUCCAAGGAUAUUGGUAUGUUAAACAUAAGAUAAAAAAUGAAGCUUAUUUAUGUGUCUUAUUAUUAUUUUUAGCGGUUUGUGAUCCCAAGGAUGCGUCCUGUUAUUGCCGUUCUGGAAAGAACAACGCCAAGGUUUGCUAUUGUUUGAAUGGAUUUGAAUUGAAGAAUGGGCAAUGUGUCGGUGAGACUAUUUGGUUUUAAUGCCUUUGGAAUUCUUUACUGUUGUUUAUACUCUUUCAUUUCAGAUAUCAAUGAAUGCGAGGUUGUCGGAAGUUGUGAUCAAAUCUGCACCAAUACGAUUGGCUCUUUCAAGUGUGAUUGCCAUCCCGGAUACAAGUUGUACGGUGUAAAGGGAGCUCAAGUCCCCACCAAAUGCAGGGCUAAUGGCCAAGAUCCUCUUCUCUUGCUCUCCAACCGAGCAGCCAUCAGAAGAUAUGAUCUCAUCACCAACAAAUAUCAUCCUUUGGUUGAACAACUGGAGUCCGCAGUGGCAAUGGAUUACUGGCAUCAAAAGAAUACCGUAAUCUGGUCAGAUGUGGCCAAAGAGAAGAUCAUGAUGUGCCAAGUGGAAAACAAGACGUUCUUCGGAGAUUCUGAUGUCAAGGAUUGUUUGUCUCGUCCAGAUUCUGUUUUGGUUGGAACUGAUAUUCAAACUCCAGAUGGACUCGCCGUUGAUUGGAUUCAUGGGCUUCUUUUCUGGACUGAUACUGGAUUGGAUCGAGUAAGUGGUAGCUGUUCAUCCAUUCCCAUUUUAAUUUUUGUGUUUAUUAUGUUUGUUUCAGAUUAGUGUUUUGGAUUUGGUGUCUCGAAAGCGGAAGGUGAUCAUUGAUCAAGGUCUUGAUGAACCCCGCGCCAUCGCCGUCGAUCCUUCAGCUGGCUUGAUCUUCUGGACUGAUUGGGGAAAUCAUGCUCGUAUUGAAAGAGCCGGAAUGAAUGGGGAAGACAGGAUGGAAGUGUUGACCGGCAGUACUGUUAGAUGGCCGAAUGGACUUGCCUUAGAUAUCCUCGAACAAAGAAUCUACUGGGCCGAUGCGAAGGUGAAGAUGAUCAGUUCUUCUGACUACUAUGGAAAAAAUGUUCGCACCGUCCUCCAUUCCCACACUCAUCUCCGUCAUCCGUUUUCUUUGACCGUGUUUGAGGAAAGGCUUUAUUGGACUGAUUGGGAUCAAGAAGGAGUCCUCACCGUCAACAAGUUCAGAGGAGAUGACGUCACUACCCUUCUCAAGGGAGUUGCUGGUCCCAUGACGGUUAGAGUAUAUCACGAACAAGCUCAGCCAUCUCAUCCCAACAAAUGUAUGGAGAAUAACUGUGCUCAGAUGUGCCUUCCCCGAGCUCAUGUGAUUGCCACGAAUACCAAAGAUGAGAAGAAAAUUGUUGGUCUUCCUUACCAAUGUGUCUGCGAAUCGGGAUUCAAGAUUGACCCCGAGCAAGUUCAUCAAUGUGUUGCCUUGGAGUCUGCCGUAGAUGAACUUGUUGGCGUGAAAGGAGGCAACUUCUCGAUGAUGUUCAUGAUGUUUAUUCUGGUUGUGGCAGCUGUUGGAAUCGUGGGAUACAUGUGGAAGGGAAAACGGUCCAAACACUUCAGCGCUCUUCAAUUCGACAAUCCAAUUUACCGAAGAACUGUUGAAGAUCCUGGCACGUUUUUAGUAGUUUGGAUUGGAUGAAGUUAUAAAUGGUAUUUAAUAUUUAUAUUUUUUAGAUACGGUGGAUAUUGGUGGUGGAGACAAUACCCUUGGAGCCAUCCCUAAUAACGCCCAUCAGAUUUCGAAUCCCCCAAGUCAACUUGUUCUGAACUCGGCCACCGAGCCCUUGAAUACCGAGAAUUUGAAUGCCCGUCCUGAUUUCUAUCAUCCAAACAAUUAUGCAUAUGACCAAGAAAACGGGGCUUUGUUUAAUCAGCAACAGGUAAGUUUACAAAGUUGUCGUUAGUUGUUUCCAAGUGAUGGUCGUACUACAUUUUAAUGAAUUGCAGAACCAGAACGAGCGACUCUAA